AUGGACGACUUUUCUGUCUAUGGAAGCUCUUUUGCUGUCUGUUUGUCUAAUCUGUGCAGGGUAUUGCAGCGGUGUGAGGAGAGACAUCUUGUGCUGAACUGGGAGAAGUGCCAUUUCAUGGUGAGAGAUGGGAUCGUGCUGGGACAUAGGAUUUCAGAGAAGGGAAUCAAGGUCGACCGAGCGAAGAUCGAGGUGAUGAUGAGUCUACAGCCGCCUAAUUCUGUCAAGGGAAUCCGCAGCUUUCUGGGGCAUGCAGGGUUCUAUAGGCGGUUCAUCAAGGACUUCUCUAAGAUCACCAGACCUUUGACGAUGCUGUUGUGUAAGGAGGUCAAGUUCGACUUUGACAGUGCAUGUUGGAGGCCUUUCACACGAUCAAGGGAGCUCUGGUGA